CGCGAAUCGUGCUCAAGAGACCCCCACGAUGGCAAACGAGGCCACAGACGACGCAGACUUGCUGCUGGUGCUGAGUGCGGAGGUCCUGAAGCAGGAUGAGGAGUUGGCCGACAUACGGCGAGCUGUUUUCGAGGUACUGUUGUCGAAAGCGUGGAGAAUUGCUAUGAGAAGUAGACACUACUUGACGACCAAGUGCUUGGACCCACCGAGUGAAUCAGCGUGGAUGAUCCUCUACAAGUACGGAAACGACGUGAAUUUUCUAAAUGCUACCAGCUUGACCAGACCUACGUUCAACCAGCUCCUGCGGAGGUUCAGUAGGUUCUACUUUAUUCCACGGCACAAUGCACGCGGCCGCCCACCCAAGCUACGGCACCAUCACCAGGUGCUCGGGCUUCUACUUUCCUUCUACGUGGGUUCUAUGGAACAGACGACGUUGUGCUUGGUGUUUGGUGUUCCUCCGAGCACACUAUCGCGGACCCUACGUCGUGGAGAGAGAGCCUUGGCCUCCACACUCAAGGGAUACGCGCCAGCAAGGAUCUCGUGGCCGUCUCCAUCCCGUCAAGUCGAGCUGGCUAUGUUGGUGGAAGCUCGGGAGCCCCUCCUGCAGCACACUUUCGGCUUUAUCGACGGAAAGAACUUGAGAGUCCAGCAGCCGUCCAACAGCGACCUCCAGAACGCCAUGUACAAUGGCUGGCUGCACACCGUGUUCGUGACCGGGACAAUUUGCUUCGCAGCGGAUGGCUGCAUUAUCUGGGCGAAGCACAAUUGUCCCGGGUCUUGGAACGACUCCGACACGUCACUUGGCUUCCGAAACAAGCUCCUUGAUCCGGUGUGCUGCCCUGACCCACGCAAGAAUGUGGUGUCGGACUCGGCGUUUCCCUGUUCGACCUCCAUGGCCGGACGCAUUCUCACCCCGCUAAAAGAUGGCGAUCUCGACCGGAUACUGCCAUCGCUGCGAAGCUCCGCCCGAACACUCCACAAUGCGAUCACUUCAGUGCGCCAAGCCGCUGAGUGGGGGAUGGGGAGCAUUCAAAAGGUGUAUCACCGAUUGAAUCUCCCCUUGCCGUACGACCCAGAGCUUCGCGGGGUCCGCAUCGACAACUUGUUCCGCAUGUGUAACUACAGAGUUCGCACUGUCGGGAUCUCCCAGAUCCGCACCACCUUUCUAGGAGAAACGGAAGCUUUCGAUUUUUAACGCGUUAGUUAUGAACGUUUGUGCAUUUUCGAGGCUUAAGAGGGCUAAUACAAACUACACUACUGAAAUCUGAA